UCAGAAACGUGAUUAGAAUUAUCAAAAUUGCGUAAACUUUCCCACCUUAUAAACAGUCAGAAACCUAUCUAUUCCUAUCUAUUCGUAUAUUUCAUCAUGAGGGUCGUACUAAUCUUAGCUUGUGUUCUUGUGGCAGUGUACGCCGAGUCCUGCUCAGCUCCUGCAGACUGCUCAUCCACUACCUGUGACUCAAAUGCCGAACUUCACUGUAUUGAUGGCCUCUGCACUUGUACCACCGCUGGUAGUGGAGAUGGAGGAUGCGUAAACAAUGAUGACUGUCAUGGAGGAUGCCAUCAUGGAGGUAGACAUCACUGUAUUGAUGGACGCUGCCGAUGCACACACUUCUAACUUUUGUAUCAAUUCUAAAAAAAUAAAUUUUGCUAUUUUA